UUCACAACAUCGACACCAGGUGAAAUAUCGCCUAUUUUCAAUUCCUUAUAAGGCGACAUCUUAUAAAUAAUGUUUUAGGCUAAUGACCGUCGCGGCUCAGGCCAUCCAUGAAGUAGAAGAAGAAUAACCUUGACAACAUUGGAAGAAAUCAUCCACUCUCUAAUCAUCGUCAAGCAGACUAUAGAGAGUUUCAAGCAUUAUUGAAACAUAAUAUUUGGAUAGACUGGACCAAUCAAUAUAGCGGGAAUGGACAAUUCAAUGCCAAACUUUACUUUUCCUCCGUACCACAACCUUAGAAAACUCCAUGGUUCAAUGAUCUGGCUACUUGUUCUCGUAAAGAAAUCGUCAAUAUGUGUAGAAUUAGGAGCACUCACUCCCUCAAUAAAGCACAUCUCCACAAAAUUAAGAAAGUUGAUGAUGACCGCUGCGAAUGUGGGGAAAUACAGACUCUCCUACAUAUAUUCUUUGCCUGCCCUAAUAAUUCUCAUAAUAUACAAAUACUUCAUGCCUCUCUCAGCAUCCCUCCUUCAACAAUUCAGCCUCUUACCUUCCACGAUAUCUUUUUCAAACAUAAAUCACUAUCUAACACACAGACCAUAUCCAAAUUCCUGAGUGCAUUCAAUAUAAAGCUGUAGUAAUCAAGACAGAUCUAAUACUUGUGCGCAUGCAGUGCUUCGCCAAUCAUGACCUGAUCGUAGUGUCCAUACACGUAACCGUAGUGCACCACCUCACAUUAGUCCUUACACUCUAGUGCAGUCGGACAUUGCUUGUUAACUGACUUCAACUUACAGUCGAACUUUGGUUUAGCGCAAACUCGGGUGGGGUUUGGGUCCAACUCAGAUCCACCUGUAGUACCAACAUGAUCCUGGAACUCCUGGCUGGAUAGCCCUGGCAGCUGAAGCCAUUAAUGGAAAAAGAAGAAUAACGUAACCACGAUUAUCUGUGACGUGACAUGGUAACUGUCAGAAAAUUCAAAAUUUGGAAAGUGGCUUAUUUUUUUUCUUUUGAUGUAAAUUAAUAACAAAAUUGCCAUGAAUUCUCCGACGCAUCCUUUUCACGAGCCAACUGUUUUCUCAACUUUACCUGCCCAUUUUCCGAACGCCAGCGAGAAAAUAAAAACCAAAGAAUUCUUGGAAGCCUCCUCAGCUGCAGUCACUGUGAUAGAGCGAUUUGGAAAAGUAUUCGCUCCAGUAAUCAACGAUAUGAACGGAAAUGUACAGAAACUCCUAAGUAGAUAUGAGAAAGAUAUAGAAGGCAAUGAAUACUUGGAAGAUAUGAUUGUCAGGGAGCAGACAGAGGGCGAAAACGUUGCCACAGAUGCACUUAUGUGGUUGAGGAGGGCACUUCACUUCUUGUCCCUUUUUUACCAGUAUUUAAUAGAAGACUCUAGAAAUGAUCAGGCCUCCAGUGAUUUAGCUCCGCUUUUGAAAAAGGCCUAUUCCGAAACAUUGAAGCCCUUUCAUGGCUGGCUAGGUAGUCAACUUUUCAACGUUCUCUCGAGGUUUGCCCCCCGCAGAAAAAAUCUCAUCUUCAGCUUAGGAUUAGAGAAACCCAACAGGGACCAAGACGUUAUGAGAGACCUGGAGACUUAUAACAGCAAAAUGAUGACUUGUAUUCGAAGACUGACAGAUUUUUACACAGAAUGAUGAUUCUAAUAUGGCUAUCUCGGAAAUAAUAAGACUCAAAAGGUAUGUAAUGUUAGACGAAAGAGGACUAUUUGUGGAGAUAUUAAAAAAAUACAUGUGUUGUGGUAUAUGGCUGGAUUUAGUAUGAUUACAAAUGAUGAAACUAGAUGUCCGUAUUGACAAAAUUUAUGAUGGAAAACAAUAAAUCAAACAACACACUGAAUUGGAUUGGGUAGUCAAACGAAUUCCAGCAAAUUUAGUUUGUUGUGAAUAACUCAAAAACGGCCAUUGUUAGUCUCGAUCUGUAAUUGCGAAUAGACAAUGUUUAUCUAGUUCAAGCAACCUUGCAACUCUAAUCAGUUCUGAGAUACCAACAAUGGGAUCAGUUAAAACUAACGCUCUGCAUAUUGUUAGCUGUUGAUUGACAAAAUAUUGGUAUCAUUGUAAAAUAUUUGCUGGUCGACAGAUUUUAAGAUGUGUUAGAGAGUUGUUACUAUUUCAAAUGUUGAGGAUAGAUAGUUUUUAUAUAUAUUGUUACAUGCUGUUUGACAAAAUAUUUGUUAAUCAUUACAUAUUUAUAAUGUUUGGUUAUAUUAUUAUUGUAAAUUGUUCGUUUGAGAAAUAUCAAAAUUCAUCCAUGACUAUUAGAUGCUGGAUAAGCCCAAAAGAUGAAAAUAUAUUUUUAU